AUGUACCAUCACCCCCCCCCUGCAAAACGCAGUCUCCCGUCUUACAGCGAUGAAGAAUGGCCGACAAUUGGGAACCAUCACGGUAAAAAUACCCCGAUCAACCUCCCACCUGUAAUCCUCAAGCUGACAGACGGGAAAGCAAACUUUCGCCAAAUGGAUAUGGCAGAGCUAAAAGCUUUCACCAACGAAAUCGUAAAGUUAGUAGGCAACCCCAGACGUUCUGACUGUCCACGAGGAGGGGACCUCUUCGUGUACCCAGUAGACAUAGGGCAACGAGAAGCGCUCUUAAAGAUCUCCAAGAUAGCCAAUCGCACUCUUACAGCGGCCCUCCCUAACUCUAUGACCGGACGGAAAGGCAUCAUCCACAGAGUCCCCGUUUCCGAAUCUGAAGCUGACUUGCUUGAUCUCCUUGGCCCCCAAGGAGUCACAAAAGUAGAAAGAUUCACUAAAACAUCUAACGACGCAAGGGUGCCAUCCGAAACAGUAGCCCUCACGUUCAAAGGACCGCUCCCAACUAGAGUCACGCUAGUAGCACUGAGCUUCAAGCUCCAUACGUACUACCCAAGUCCCUUCAAAUGCGUCAAGUGCUGGAAAUUAGGACAUACCAGGAACCACUGCAAUAGUAAAGACCAAAAUUGUAAGACUUGCGGGCAGUAUCACAACACCUCGGAGCCCUGUACACAGAAAUGCGUAAACUGCCAUAGCGAUGAUCAUCCCUCUGACUCUAAGGAGUGUCCAGCCUACAUCGAGAUGAUCGCCUUAAUAAAAUACGCAACAGAUAAUGACGUGUCCGUUUCAGAUGCGAGGACUAAAAUCAGUCUAACUUACAGCGCGGCCGUCAAUAGGAACACAGCUACCACCGCUCACCAGCCAACUUCCUCUGCAAUAGAAACCCUAAAACAAACCAUUAAUCAAUUAAAAGAUCAACUCAAUGAGCUCCAAAACUCAACUAUACGCACACUUCAAACAAAAAUAGAUCAUGUGGCCACAGAGGCCUCGAAGGCCAACAAAAGAAUAGACACCUUCGAAGAUAAAUUCGCCAACAGAUUUGAUCAACUAGAACGGCUUCUUCUUGCCCGCCUCCCAGCCCCUAAAACGGACUCAGAUAACCUGUCUAUCUCGGACUCUGAAUCUAGCAACUCUAAUCACAGCUCACCAAAAAACACAAGCUCACAAUCGCAGAUACACGCUAGGAGGGACUAUAUGUCUACACCUGCCCCACGCCAAGAAGCCUCAAGCAACAAAGACAACCGGCCAACAAGUAAAAACAAAUAA